UCAAGCCCUGCAAGAAAUGUCGAUGGGCAAUCGUGAGCGCCAGCUUGAAUUGUCUGAGGCUCAUCUUGAGGAGGUUAAAACCAACCUCGCCAAAAUAAACUCAGAUAUAGCCCUGCAGAAUCAAAAGAUUACCGAGGCAGCGGAAAACCAAAAAGCGGCGAUGUUGUAUUUAGAUAAGUACAAAUUCGCGGAAAAACGAGCUAAAGAAAGGUUGGAGGAAGACUUGCAGAGUCUCGAGAUGGUCGGGAUCCGACUCAACACUAUACACCGGAAUAUAGACGAGAUUACUAGGAAGAUAAUGGAACUCGGUCCACUUCCGAAUUCGGCAUCGAUUGCAAAAUACGGCAAACUUUCAACGAAACAAAUUCUCAACGAAAUUGAGAAGAUUCAUAAUCAACUUAAGGAAUACAGCGACGUAAAUCAGAAAGCUUUGGAUCAGUACUCGACGAUGACCGAUGAGGAAAAAAAAUUGAGAGAACGAAAGUUGGAACUUGAUCGCGGGUACGAAAAAAUAAAAGAAUUAAUGACUGUUCUUGAACAGCACAAAUACAACGCGAUAGAAUUCACUUAUAAACAGGUGAGCAAGUAUUUCAGUGAAGUUUUUCAAAAACUCGUACCGUCUGGACGAGGUGAACUUGUAAUGCAGACAUCACAUGACGAGGAAGAGAAUGAUAGAGCUGUCUCUGAGUCGGCGAUCUGCGAUAGUUUUGUCGGCGUCGGCAUUCGAGUUUCUUUCGGAAAUUCGGAGAGCAUGAUGCAAGAGAUGAAGCAGUUAUCGGGGGGACAGAAAUCGGUCGUAGCUCUUGCACUGAUAUUUGCAAUACAAAAGUGUGACUUGGCACCGUUUUAUAUAUUCGACGAAAUUGAUGCGGCGUUGGACGCCGAGCACAGGCGCGCCGUUGCCGGUGUGAUUCACGAACUCAGUUCCACCGUGCAGUUUAUCACUACGACCUUCAGGCCAGAGUUAAUUGAACAUGCUCAUAAACACUACGGAGUUACCGUUCGAAAUAAGGUUUCGUACAUAGAGUGCGUGACGCGGAAACGAGCGCUUGAAUUUGUCGAAGAUGCGGCAGAAGAUUCCGAAAACUGA